AUGGACACCAUUGGGGCCACCUGUUUGCUGCCUGGGGAAAGAGCCUUGGCCUGCCCACAGGAGAACAGGCCACCGCUCUUGGAUAGCUCAGAGCUGGUGCAGGAAUGUCUGAAGCAAUUUAAGGUGACAAGGUCACAGCUGCAGCAGAUCCAAGUCAGCCUCCUGGGUUGCAUGGAGCGGGCCCUGAAGGGAAAAGCCGACUCUGCCCCUGCCGUCCGGAUGCUGCCCACAUAUGUGGGGUCUGUUCCACAUGGCACUGAGAAAGGAGACUUCCUGGUGCUGGAGCUGGGGGCCACAGGAGCCUCACUGCGGGUGUUGUGGGUGACUCUCACAGGCACUGAGGGCUAUAAGGUGGAGCCCAGGAGCCAAGAGUUUGUGAUCCCUCAAGAUGUGGUAGUGGGUGCUGGCCAGCAGCUCUUUGACUUUGCCGCCCACUGCCUGUCUGAGUUUCUGGAUGCACAACCUGUGGGCAAUCAGCCUUUGCAGCUCGGGUUCAGCUUCUCCUUCCCUUGUCACCAAACAAGCUUGGACAGGAGCACCCUCAUUUCCUGGACAAAAGGUUUUAAGUGCAGUGGUGUUGAAGGCCAAGAUGUGGUCCAGUUGCUAAGAGAUGCCAUUCAGAGGAAGGGGACCUACAACAUUGACGUCGUAGCCGUGGUGAAUGAUACCGUGGGCACCAUGAUGGGCUGUGAGCUGGGUGCCAGGCCAUGCGAGGUCGGGCUUAUCGUAGACACCGGUACCAAUGCCUGUUACAUGGAGGAGGCGCGUCACGUGGCAGCAUUGGACGAGGACCGAGGCCGCACUUGUGUCAGCGUUGAGUGGGGGUCGUUCAGUGACGACGGAGCCCUGGCACCAGUGCUCACCACCUUCGACCAUGUCCUGGACCAGGGGUCCCUGAAUCCUGGUGCUCAGAGGUUUGAGAAGAUGAUUGGGGGCCUGUACCUGGGCGAACUGGUGCGGCUGGUGCUGGCCCACUUGGCUCAGCAUGGGGCCCUCUUUGGUGGCCACACCUCUCCUGCCUUGCUGAGCCCAGGCAGCCUCCUCCUGGAGCACGUGGCCGAGAUGGAGGACGCCUGCAAUGGGGCAGCCCAUACCCACACCGUCCUGCAGGGCUUGGGUGUGAGCCCGGACGCCUCGGACGCCGAGCUCGUGCAGCGCGUGUGUGCGGCGGUGUGCUCGCGGGCCGCCCGCCUCUGCGCCGCUGCCCUGGCCGCAGUCCUGGCCCGCCUCCAGCACAGCAGGGAGCAGCGGGCACUCCAGGUGGCCGUGGCCACUGGAGGGCGAGUGUUUGAACGGCACCCCAGAUUUCACAACAUCCUAAAGGAGACAGUGAUGCACUUGGCCCCAGAAUGUGAGGUCUCCUUCAUCCCCUCUGUGGAUGGUGGUGGCCGGGGUGUGGCCAUGGUGACUGCCGUGGCUGCCCGUCUGGCCGCCCACCGGCAGCUGCUGGAGGAGACCCUGGCACCAUUUCAGUUGAACCACGAGCAGUUGAGAGCGGUGCAGGCACAGAUGCGGGAGGCCAUGGUCAGGGGGCUCCGAGGAGAGGCCUCCUCCCUCCGCAUGCUGCCCACCUAUGUACGAGCCACGCCCGACGGCAGUGAGCGAGGUGACUUCCUGGCCUUGGACCUCGGGGGCACCAACUUCCGGGUACUUGUGGUACAUGUCACAGAGGGAGGUGUGCAGAUCACCAACCAGGUCUACUCCAUCCCUGAGGGUGUGGCCCAGGGGUCUGGGCAGCAGCUCUUUGAUCACAUCGUGGAUUGCAUCGUGGACUUCCAGCAGAGGCAGGGCCUGAGUGGACAGAGCCUCCCCCUGGGUUUCACCUUCUCCUUCCCAUGCAAGCAGCUUGGCUUGGACCAGGGCAUCCUCUUGAACUGGACUAAGGGUUUCAAUGCAUCAGACUGUGAGGGCCAAGAUGUGGUCUGUCUAUUGCGGGAAGCCAUCAGGCGCAGACAGGCAGUCGAGCUGAAUGUGGUUGCCAUUGUCAAUGACACGGUGGGGACCAUGAUGUCUUGUGGCUACGAGGAUCCCCGUUGUGAGAUGGGCCUCAUUGUGGGAACUGGCACCAAUGCGUGCUACAUGGAGGAGCUCCGGAAUGUGACCAGCGUGGCCGGAGACUCGGGCCACAUGUGUAUCAACAUGGAGUGGGGUGCCUUUGGGGAUGAUGGCUCGCUGGGCCUGCUCAGCACCUGUUUUGAUGCUAUUGUGGACCAGGCAUCCAUCAAUCCGGGAAAGCAGAGGUUUGAGAAGAUGAUCAGUGGUAUGUACUUGGGGGAGAUUGUACGCCAUAUCCUCCUGCAUUUAACCAGCUGUGGGGUUCUCUUCCGGGGCCGGCAGGCCCAGUGCCUUCAGACCAAGGACAUCUUCAAGACCAAGUUUCUCUCUGAGAUCGAAAGUGAUAGCCUGGCCCUGCGGCAGGUCCGGGCCAUCCUGGAGGAUCUGGGGCUCCUCCUGACCUCUGAUGAUGCCCUGAUGGUCCGAGAGGUGUGCCAAGCUGUGUCCCGGAGGGCUGCCCGACUCUGUGGGGCAGGUGUAGCUGCUGUAGUAGAAAAGAUACGGGAGAACCGGGGCCUGGAGGAGCUGACGGUGUCUGUGGGGGUAGACGGGACCCUCUACAAGAUGCACCCGCACUUCUCCAGCCUGGUGGCGACAACGGUGAGGGAGCUGGCCCCUCGCUGUGCGGUCUCCUUCUUACAGUCCGAGGACGGCUCGGGCAAAGGUGCGGCAUUAGUCACCGCUGUGGCCUGUCGCCUUGCCCAGACUGCCCAGGUCUGA